ACGGCGGCGCUCAGCCCGGCUCUGCAGGCUGCUCGCGUCCCGGUCCCGGAACCGUGCGCGGAGCGGGAGCCUCACGGCGUCGGCACUGGAACGCGGUGGGGCGCGUGGGAGAACGUGCAGUGCUUUGCCAUUUGCCUGGAAACAGAGCCAGGCAAAGCACAGCUGAACCUAAAUAAGAGCAAGCGAAAACGAAAAAAGAAAUGUUUAACUGCAGUUCAUCCUAGGAAGCAUCUCGUUGCUUGUCAUUUCAAGCGAUUCCCCGAAUCAAACAGGGCAUUUUCUCCACAAGUUCCCCCGCACCUGCCAGCAGCCCCAGGUGUCCCCAGCAGGGCCCCUCCUCGUGCUCCCGGCCAGCACCAGCCCCACGGCCAGCCGCCAGGACACCCAGUGCUGGCUGUUUGUGUAUCCGCCCGGCAGGGCCACAGCUCUCAUCGUUGCUAUUGGCUGAAACAAAAGGCUUUGGAGCAGCGCCUUUAAGCUACAUCAGCUGCUUCUUGAGGAAGGAAAACCUUGCCGGUCUGGAGAGGUUUGGCUUUCCCUGGAUGUGAAUGGCCAAGUGGUGCAGGCAGAUAACGCUGGGAGCACGCUGCAUCCUCGCCAGGGGUGCCUGGGCUGCUCCCCAUGCUGUGCUGGGCGUUAUCUCCCCCGGCAGCCCCAAAGCCAAGCCCCGUGCCUGGCCACGGAUAAGGAGCUCCCCCCAGGUGAUGGGACCCUUUGUCCUGUGCCUCACUCCCUGCAUAGCGCAGUGUGCUGACAGCUGGACUUGUCUGGAAGCGCUCAGGUAAAUGACAUGAAAUGCUUGAAAUGUGCUGGGAAGGCGGUUCUGGGGAUCUAUUUCCCUGUGUCCCUCAUCCUAGGACCAUUUCUGAUCUCUGAAGCUUUGCUUGUGAAGGUUUGCAAGUGUUUGCUGCUGUUGUGUGGGUGAGCUAUUGCCCUGCUAAGCAUUGGCCUCUUCCUUCUACUGCUGUGAUAUGUGAAUAGAAGGGUCCUGAUUGCUGAACAACAGUGUGGUGCCACAGCUCAUGAACUGUGGACUCGCAUUUUGUUGUUCUUCAUAACCAACUUUUGGAACCCUUUUUUCAGGACGAUGAAGCAGCAAUUUCUUUUCCUUUUCUUCCUUUGCUUCCAUCCCCAUAAAUGCCAAAGUCAAACCCUGGGUGCAGAUCCGUAUGAAACGCCUAAAGAUUACCAGGAGGUCUACAGAGGGUCCAAAAAUGAUGUCAAGGAGAUCCCAAAGAUUGCGAAAUCCUUCAUUUCUGAGAUGAUCUUUGUGCAAACCAGCAUCACUGCCAUAAGGAAAGGCGCCUUCAGGUACAUGCCCAACCUGACCAAGAUUUUAUUCAUUGGCAACAAUAUCAAGACAGUUGAAUCUGGGGCCUUUGAUGGUUUGGAGAAACUGAGGGAUUUGGAGAUCUCUGGUGCCUCCUUAGAAGAACUAGCUGUGGGCACUUUCCAGAACCUUCCAAACUUGCAGAGGCUGGAGCUGAGGGACAGCCACAUCAGAUGCAUCCCCAAAGGCCUGUUUGAAGGGCUGAAGAAUCUGGGAGAGCUGUCCCUGCACAUCAAUGUGAUCCCUUCUCUUCCAGAAGGUAUUUUUGAUUCUCUUGCCAAUCUAACAUUUUUGGAUCUGGCUAGAAACAGGAUCACAUUUCUGCCUGGAGAUGUCUUCAGCAAACUGCCCCAGCUGCAAGUCCUCCGGCUGUAUGAGAACGAGCUGCAGGACCUGCCAGAGGGGCUGCUGGAUGCUCAGCGAGGGCUACUGGAGCUCAGCCUGCAGAGGAACAGGCUCAGAGUGCUGCCACCUACGCUCCUGAGGAACCUGACCUACCUGGAAAAACUCCUCCUGGACAACAAUCUCAUCAGGGUUCUCCCACCCCAGAGCUUCUUUGGUUUAAACAGAUUGAAGCUGCUGACUUUAGGUUCAAACCACAUUACACAGCUCCCCUGCUGCCUUUUUGACACCAUGCCACACCUCUGGGAGCUGGACCUGGGCAGGAACAGUUUAGCCACACUUCCAGAUGGCAUCUUUGUCAACCUCACGUCUCUUGGCAAACUCAUCUUGUCCCACAACCAGCUAGCAGCCCUGCCAAGGGGGGUCUUCACUGGGCUCAACAAGCUCUUGGACCUCCAGCUGGACACAAACCAGCUCUCUGCUCUGGAUGAUGAGGUCUUUGCUCCUCUCCCAAAUCUGAAAACUCUCAAUCUCCGAAUGAACCAGCUAGAGAGUAUCCCCUGAGGACUCUCAGACCCCCUGAAGAGGCUCAGCUCACUGUAUCUGAGUGGGAACCCAUGGAGAUGUGACUGUAAUCUCUGUUACCUGCACAGCUGGA